CUGCGAGCCACUAGGGGUCACUGCGCCCAUGGGCCAGCGCUCGCAGCCUGUUGCCAGGCCCGUCUCGGCCCCUGGUUGGCGUCACGGCUCGCGCCCUGGCUUCCUGUCCGACCUUCGACCCCGGGAAGCGCGGGUCUUCGCGAGCCGCCCCUCCCCGCUCGGCAGGACUGCUUGAAAGCACGAACAGGGAGGCCAUGGCCACCCCGCAGGUGACGGUGGGCACCAUCACGGUGGAUGGGCAAACUCUGUUCUACCGGCAGGCCAAUCCGGCCCAGCAGGCCCCCAAGCUGUCUGUCCUGCUGCUCCACGGCAUUCGCUUUUCAUCCGAGACCUGGCUCAACCUGCAGACGCUGUCUAAGCUGGCGGAUGCUGGCUACCGCGCUGUGGCCAUCGAUCUGCCAGGGCUUGGCCAUUCCAAGGAGGCGACAGCUCCGGCUCCUGUUGGGCAGCCUGCCCCUGGGGGUUUCCUGAAGGCUGUCUGUGAGGCCCUGCAGCUGGGCCAGGUGGUUGUGAUCAGCCCAUCCCUCAGCGGGAUGUAUUCGCUCCCAUUCCUCUUCCAGCACAGCCAGCUGGUCCAGGCCUACGUGCCGGUGGCGCCCAUCUGCACCGAGAAGUUCCCCGCCACGCAGUACGCCAGCGUAAAGACCCCCACGCUGAUUGUGUAUGGGGACCAGGACACCCAGCUCGGGGAAAUAAGCCUGAACAACCUCAAGAACCUCCCCAAUCACAAGGUGCUCCUGCUGAAAGGAGCAGGACAUGCCUGUUACCUGGACAAGCCGGAGGAGUGGCACCUGGGCCUGCUGGACUUCCUGAAGAGCCUGGAGUGACGAGUGGCCUCUUUUCUCCCCCAGACCUCCAGUGCGCGAUCCGUCAGGCAUACGGCUGGCUCUUUGGUGCACACCUCCUGUGGAGGAUCUGGGGCCCACAGCUUCUCUCUCCCACUAGAGCGGGUACUUAAUUGAUGGCUCCUUCCCGAUCUCAGACAAUCGCAGCACACUGGGGGGUUAGCAAAUGGCGGCCACGAAGCCAGAGGUGCCCUUCUGGCAGUCAGAUGCUUGCUCCUUUUCCUUCUUUCUAAAAUGAUUAGAAUUGAAAGGUUUAUCGAAGCUGACUGGCCACUAGCAUGGGGUGAGACUGGGGGUA